CUAAAUAGUAGUUGCUGGCCUACUUCCUGUUUUAGCUGCCUCCAGCGGAACAUCGCACUACACAGCAGCUAUUCCAUUUUAUCUACAAGGUUUGACCCAACAGCUUCAGUGAUGUCUUACCCUGGUGGUUACGGUGGAUACCCACCUGCUGGCUACCCCUCUGCUCCUGGUGGCUACCCACAACCUACACAAGGGUACCCCCCUGCCCCUGGCGGAUACCCCCCUGCCAACCCCUAUGGCGGCCCCCCUCCCUCCUCAGGCCCCCCGCCCCCUCCAGGACAAGGAUUUGCAGGAGGCUACCCCCCUGCUG